CAGGUUUGUCCUGCUGAGUCUGAUGUUACCUUGCUCUGAAGCCCUCCAUGUCUUCAAGGUUGACUGGAGCCAAUUCAAGCUUGUCUUCUGGCCAAUGAAGGCCCCCUGCCUCACACCCUGGCUAUGUGUAGUUCUGAGGAGGCAGACCUGCUUCGGCUGGAGGAGGUCUUCUCAACUACCCUUGCCCGCACCAACAGUCUCAUUCUCCAGCCGCUGCUCUUAGCUGACCCCGAACCCUCAGACCCCUGUGACAGAGAGUGCCUUCGACUUCUGCAGCAGUUGCAUGAAAGUACCCAGCGGUUAUGGGAGGUGACAGAACAAAGCCUGCAUUCGCUGCGGCAGAGGCUGUACCACCCACCCUCCAUGGGUCUGGAGGCCCUGCUGUUGCUGAAGAACGCUGACCAUGUCCUACAGGCCCACGUGGAGUACAUCAAGUCCUAUACCGACUGUGUGGUGAUGCAGGCCUUUAAGAAGGUUUCAAAGAGGAGGAGCGACUACUGGAGGAGCCAGCGGAAGACCCUGCGGCAGCUGCUGUCCUGGGCCGGCUCUGAGGGCUCGGUGGGCACCAUGCUGUGCCAGGCCCUCAGCCAGCCACUCACCCAGCACGUGCAGAAAUAUGUGCUCCUCCUACUGAGCCUCAGGGACACCCUUGACGAGCACCACCCAGCCCAGGAGCGGGUGAUGCAUGCAGUCACUCUGUUUGGGAACCUGGAGUCCUUCAUGAGGCAGGCCUUGGACCAGGCUGUGACCACACAGGCCCUGUGGCAUAGUCUCAGCAGCCGGAUGAGGGAUGUGCUGUGUACCCCUGCCCACCGACUCCUACAGGACAGCCAGGACAUCCCUGUAGUGGUCACCCCACUACGGGCUGAACGUGUGCUGCUCUUUGAUGAUGCCCUUGUUCUGCUACAGGGCCACAAUAGCCACUCUUUUGACCUGAAGUUGGUGUGGGUAGAUCCUGGCCAAGACAAGUGUGUGCUUCGCAUCCUCACACCCGAAGAAGAGUUCUCCUUCUGCACCAGAGACCCCCAGGGCCAGGUUGUCUGGCGGUGGAAAGUGACCCAUGCUGUGUGCCAGGCCCUGCGUGGCAAGAAGGACUUCCCUGUGCUGGGGUUAGGCCCGGAGUCAGCUGUACCCCCUGACUGCCGCUGUGUGGCCUAUACUUUCCGCCGCGAGGGCCGGCUCUACCAGGCUACCUAUGAGGGUGAUUGGUGUCGGGCCAAGCCCCACGGCAAGGGAACCCUGAAGUGGCCAGAUGGGCGGAACCACGUGGGGGAUUUCUGCCAGGGCCUGGAGCAUGGCUUUGGCAUCUGCCUGGUGCCCCAGGCCUCUGAGGACAAGUUUGACUGUUACAAGUGCCACUGGAGGGAAGGCAGCAUGUGUGGCUAUGGCAUCUGUGAGUACGGCACUGACGAGGUGUACAAGGGCUAUUUUCAGGCUGGCCUUCGGCAUGGAUUUGGUGUCCUUGACAGUGCCCCGCAGGCCUCCCAGCCCUUCAGGUACACGGGCCACUGGGAGAGAGGCCAGAGGAGUGGUUAUGGCGUUGAGGACAACAGCGAGAGGGGUGAGCGCUACAUUGGCAUGUGGCAGGCUGACCAGCAUCAUGGCCCUGGGGUCGUGGUCACCCAGGCAGGCGUCUGCUAUCAAGGCACAUUCCAAGGGGACAAGAUGGCCGGCCCAGGCAUCCUGCUGUGUGAAGAUGACUCUCUGUACGAGGGUACUUUCACCAGGGACCUGACGCUCCUAGGGAAGGGCAAGGUCACCUUCCCCAAUGGUUUCACCUUGGAUGGUUCCUUCAGCAGUGGGACAGAUAAAGGACUGUACACACAGGGAGUGCUGGACACAGCUGCUCUCCCGCCCAACCCAAGCAGCACACGCAAGAGACAGCUGGGGCUGGGUGCCUUCCCUGUGGAGAGCCGCUGGCAAGGAGUCUACAGACCCUUCCAGGACUUCGUGCGGUCAGGCUGUCCUGGGGAACUGCAGGAAGCCCUGCUGGGCUUCCAUGUGCAGAGCUCCAGGGAGCUCCGUGAACCCCAGGAGUACCUGUGCUGUGACAGGAGCCACCCCAAGGACUGUGCGGGCAGCAUGGAAGAUAUCCUGAAGGAGCUGCUGCAGCACCGCGAGCCCCAGGCCCUGCAGCAGUACCUCAGGAAGGCUCUGAGCAAUCCCCGACACCCGCUGGGGAAGUUACUCCGUACCCUGAUGCUGACCUUCCAGGCUACAUAUUCAGGCAUAGGAGCCAACAAACACCUACAGGGGAUGGCCCAGGAGGAGGUGAAGCUGCAUGCCCAGGAGCUUUGGGCUGCCUACAGAGGUCUGCUGAAGGUUGCCUUACAGCGCCAGGGCCAGACCCUGCAGGAGGAGGACGUGGAGACAAGGGACUUGCAGGUGCAUGGGCUGUUGCUGCCCCUCAUCUUGCCCAGCUUCUACUCAGAACUCUUCACACUCUACCUGCUUCUUCAUGAGAGAGAGGACGGCUUGUACAGUCAGGGUAUCACCAACCUCAGCCUGUUUCCCGACACAAAGCUGCUGGAGUUCCUGGAUGUGCAGAAGCACCUGUGGCCCCUCAAGGACCUCUGGCUGACAAGCAAUCAGAGAUAUUCUCUUGUCCGGGACAAGUGUUUCCUGUCAGCCACGGAGUGUCUGCAGAAGAUCAUCACCACGGUGGACCCUCGCGAGAAGCUGGAGGUGCUGGAGAAGACCUAUGGGGAAAUUGAGACCACGGUGUCUCGGGUGCUGGGCCGGGAACACAAACUCCCUAUGGAUGACCUCCUGCCUCUGCUUAUUUAUGUGGUGUCACGAGCCCGAAUCCAGCAUCUGGGAGCUGAGAUCCACCUGAUCCGUGACAUGAUGGACCCCAUCCACACAGGGGGCCUCCAUGACUUCCUGCUCACAGCCUUGGAGUCCUGUUAUGAGCACAUCCGGAAGGAAGACGUGCGGCUGCACCACCUGCCUGGCCACUGGAACUCUAGGGAACUCUGGUGACAUGACCACUCUGGGUCAAGUGCAAAGCUAGGGGCCACGUGGCUGCCGUGGACUUUGGUGGAGCAAGCACUACCCACCUGCCUCCCAUUGCCUGGGUCGAGGCAGGCUGUAGAGAUGGUGUUUUGCUUCCUACAGGGACACACUCAGCUGCUGCAGUAUUAACCCAUAGCUGAUAGCUCUCUGUUGGCCUCUGGUCUGGGCUUUGAUCAUCUUGUCCCUGGAUGUAGCACCAUCUUGGGUGAGAGCCCCAGCUUCACCCUGCCUCCGCCCUUGCUCAGUAGCUGUCAGUCUCCGGACUGCAUGCCCGUGAUGGUGGAGAUGAUUCCAGCAUUCUGCCAGACCAGUUCACUGAGCGCUGCAGCCGUUCCCCAAGGUCUGGCUUCAUCCCGUUCUUUGGACUGAAAUGGAAAUUCUUACGUUACUGUUCAUCUCAUUUCUGUUUCUCUGCUCCUGUCUAGAAGGUCCCAAGCAGCAGAAGGCUGUCUGUUCAUUCCUUUUCCCAUGAGUUCCCAGGGCCUGGGGACCUGCCUCCUCCUCUGCUGGGCUUCAGGCUUCAGCUGGCCUCACAGGAGGACCCUGUGGCAGGAACACCUCAGCUCUGUGACAAGCUGCCUAGUUGCCUCUGGCAGGCCCUGCUCUUGGCAAAGGCAUGGGACGUAGACGUCAGCAGUCACUCACCUGGCCUCGCUUGCCAGCAGACUGCAGGUGACCAUAAAUGACAUACCUGAGACACUGGCCUCUCUGUGGCAGGAACAGCAGGGAUAUUAGAGACUUGCUAGUGCCCUGACAUGAACAUCUCUGGCUCAGGACCAUAGGCGAGGCUGGGCACAGUGCUGGGCUCUGGGUCAUUGUGUAUAGCUCUGGGAAUUCAGCCUGGGUGGGAAGAGGCAAGGGAGACAUUGAGAAAGGAAGGUACACACCCAAGGCCAGGGCUGAGGCCCCUGGAAGCAUCAGGGAGGACCACCUUCAGAGCCUCUCAGAAAGUGUGAGCACUCCUCAGGGAGGAUCACCUUCAGAGCCUCUCAGAAAGUGUGAACACUCCUCAGGGAGGAUCACUUCCAGAGCCUCUCAGAAAGUGUGAGCACUACUCAGGGAGGACCACCUUGUGAGCACUACUCAGGGAGGACCACCUUCAGAGCCCGUCAGAAAGUGUGAGCACUGUGUGAAGAGAGGCUGUUGUUCUCCUUCACUGCCGUCUCCGACUGGAUCCACCAAAUGUUCCACUGUGAACAUAGGGCCUGGGCUUGAGUUCUCUCAGGAACUUGUGUCUCCAGGAAGGUCCUUGGAAAGGUCACGUUGAUGGAGGCCCCUCCCUCAAAGGCAGCCCCAAGUGCCUGUGACUCGGUCCAGCUGUUGACAAAACCCUGCCACUCACUCUUCUGCUUCCAACACUAACUGAACCUGGGCCUCUGGUCCUUGUGGGUCCACAGGGUUUCCACAGUGUCAUGGGAGGUUCCAGGAGCAGCCAGGGCUGUAGCAGACCCUUAGGAUAAAAUCAGCGUGGAGGAGGAUGCAGGAGGAAAAAAGACCGACAGUGCAAGUGGGUACCAGUCAGUCACCCACAUCUGGUGCAUCCGGAGGCUGGUGGGGCAAUCUCGGUGAUGGAUUCUUUUAUAGCCUUUAACUGUCCAGCCUAGAACACCUCCUGGCUUUUGACAUGUGAGCCACGCAAGAGGGCAGUCUUGGGAGGUCACGGUUGCUUGCUGUCAUCAGUACCCUUACUGCCAUAAGAGACCCCAAUCCGUAGGCCAGAUGUCACUCCACCUCACUUUGUGACUUCCUAGAAAGUAGACCUGGAGUCCGGAGGGAAGACUGAAAGAUGGGACAUGGUGUGGUUAGCGUCUCUUACAUCUAUGCCGGCCUUCUCCAUUUCCCCUCCUGCCUCAUAAUGGUUUGAUAUUUUGCUAGCUGCCCCUCUGGGGAUGGUCACAGUUACAGUCAACUUAUUUGGGAUUUUUAAUAAAUCCAUUUCA